AUGCCUCCGCGACCGCAACGGCUGGUACGGCGACGGCCGCUGGCAGAGCGAAUCCAAUCCCUUCUUAACCCCGCGGACCUUUACCUGUGGCUUUCGGAGGAAAUUCAGACUUUCGACUGGGACUCGAAGACGUUUGGGACGCGCUUUGGGCUCACGGCCAGCUUUCUCUUCCUCCUUGCGAGGGCAAACGCCGGCGCCAGGCACGGCAAUGGGGAUGACGAUGUAUUUGGCGACGGCACGGGUAGCGGUUGGAUGACGGUCUUGGUCAACUUCCUCGUGUGGACUUUGAUUCCUACAUCCUUUGUCAACGCGUUUUACACCAUGACGCGGUCGCGUCAUUACCGGCUAUUCGAGGCAAACGUCGAGAACGCAGGGCCCUCGACGCCCUCGGCCCAGCGUGUCCGCGUCGAUUCCUCCCCCGCGUCGUCGUCUCCUCUACGGUUCUUCCAGGACAUUCUCGGGUCGGAAACGGCCGAGUCGCGAGCCUACCCGGACCAGACGCGCGACGUCUGGGAGGUCAAGGUCUGGGAUCCAUACCCGGCCACGCUGCAAAUGUUUUGCUUCUUCAGCCCUGGCCACGUUCUGGUGUACUUGAUGUUUCUGCCCCUUACGCCUCUCGACCCGCGGCCGAGCGUCACCGUGUUUAAGUGCCUCAUUCUGCAGGUGAUCCUGUCAGCCCAGCUAUUGCUCCUGCAGUCGCGGUUCACCCAGCAAGCCAAGGACACGGCCAUCAUACAGAAAGAAGUUCUACAUGAGUACGAUUCGAAAUAUGUCCACCCCCGGCUUCACCCGGUAGUGCGCGAGGUUGGAACACAGGUAUCCAUUGGUGAGCUUGGCAAUAUUGAGCAGGAGUCUGUUGGCACUGGUACUCCUACGGCCUUGAUUAGGCGCGGCUUCCAAACACAUCCGAACCCCAACUACUCGAGGCAUUAUGACCCGGACGGCGGGAAACUUCAGCAGCAGGUGCAGACGCGGAAUGUCAUGAAUCCGAGUUUGUUCACGCCGUCAACCAAACCCAGGGGAACGCCAGAACCCUCUUCCGCCGCGUCAUAUGCCAGCCGAUCUGCUGGGCCUCGGCAGAGUCUGCCCUCACCAUCUGUCCGCUCAUUUGGGGCGCAGGUUGCUGCGGCAUCGUCGGCUCUGCCUCCUCCGGUCUCCAACCCAACCCCCCGUGCGAGCUACGGCGGCAAUCUCGGCGUUUUCUCACACGUAAACUCGCCGCUUAAGAAGGCGACCAGUAUGGGGGAAAUGAACAGCGCGUUCUCCCCCCGGAACUCGCGUGAGAUGGCUGCGCUAGAGCAGCGCGACCUCGCCGAGCGUAUGAUCCGCCAGAGCAGUCCCGUGAAGGAUAGCCGGCGUGCCACUAUGCAGUUUGGAGGAGGUCAGGAACACUCCCCCGCCAGAUUAGAGGCUGCCAGAGCUACCCGUUGGACCCAGGAACGGUUUCCCUCGCGGCGGAUCUGA